ACUUGAAAGGCGAGGCUUAGCGUUUGAUUGACAUUGUGUGUGUCCGAAUAGUUAGCCACGGGACCCACGACUACUGAAAGCUUUGAAUAUCUGACCGGGACGACUGAAGAGGACUCGGAGCAACCUAGAUUCUGCACUUGUCUGGAACCGUGGAUGAGAAGUUUGUUGCAGUUCGGGGAGAGAGCGGGAACACCACCGGCUACAAUAGAGCAGAGGUCAGAUUUGACAGCAGGAAUGAUUCUUACUGUGGGCGAAGCGUUCUCAAACGGAGCAGGUUCUAACUCGGAUGCUGGGAACAUCGGAGAAACCGGGGAGGGGCCGUCUGAACUUGUUGAGAGCGCAGACACUUCUGGAGCUAUGCAGCAGGUGUUGGAUAACCUGGGUGAGAUGCCCACCACCACCGGGGCUAAAGACAUUAACCUCAUCUUCCUCAAAGGCAUCAUGGAGAGUCCUGUCAUCCACUCGCUAGCCAAGGCUCAUGAGCAUUUGGACGAUGUGAAGUUGGAGGCAGUGCAGGAGAAUAACGUUGAGCUGGUGACUGAGAUUCUGGGUGACAUCAGCGGACUGACUGUAAAAGAUGACAGCGCUGCAGAGCUCUCCACAAUCCUGCAGGAGCCCCAUUUUCAGUCUCUUCUUGAAACCCAUGAUAUGGUGGCAUCCAAGUGCUAUGAAGCCCCACCCCCUCCUGAAGUGACCAAUGAAGCAGCAGUAAACAAUGCUCUUAUGCAGGCUGAUGCAGUCAGGAUGAUUGGCAUCCGCAAGAAAGCAGGAGAACCUCUGGGUGUGACGUUUCGAAUGGACAAGGGUGAUCUGGUAAUCGCUCGCAUCCUCCACGGAGGGCUGAUCGACAGGCAGGGCCUGCUGCAUGUGGGUGACAUCAUUAAAGAGGUGAAUGGGAAGGACGUCGGCAAUGAUCCCACUGAACUCCAGGAGAUGCUCAAAGAAUGCAGUGGAGGAAUAACACUGAAAAUACUGCCGAGCUAUAGAGAUGCUCCAGCGCCACCACAGGUUUAUGUGCAGCCACAUUUUGACUACAAUCCAGCCCAUGACAAUCUAAUUCCAUGCAGAGAGGCGGGGCUUGCUUUCAAAAGGGGUGAUAUCCUGCAGAUUGUCAACCGAGAAGACCAAAACUGGUGGCAGGCAUGCCAUUUAACAGAAGGAGGUACUGGGCUGAUUCCCAGCCACUUUCUGGAAGAAAAGAGGAAAGCAUUUGUUCCUAGAGACCUGGAUGGAGCAGGAAUCCUAUGUGGAACAAUAACUGGUAAAAAGAAGAAAAAAAUGAUGUACCUCACUGCCAAAAAUGCAGAGUUUGAUCGGCAUGAGCUUCAGAUCUACGAGGAAGUAGCACGCAUGCCACCGUUUCAAAGGAAAACCCUCAUUCUGAUUGGAGCGCAAGGAGUGGGGCGUCGUAGCCUGAAAAACAGACUAGUUGUACUACAUCCCACUCGCUUUGGUACCACUGUACCACACACAUCUCGGCGGCCUCGCAAUGAUGAGCAAGAUGGUCAGUCAUAUAGAUUUGUAACACGUCUAGAGAUGGAGACGGACAUCAAGGCGGGCCGGUACCUGGAACAUGGAGAGUACGACGGCAACCUGUAUGGUACUAAAAUCGACUCCAUCCAUGAGGUGGUGAACACCGGCCGCACAUGUAUCCUGGAUGUCAAUCCCCAGGCACUGAAGGUGUUAAAAACUGCAGAGUUCAUGCCAUAUGUUGUUUUCAUCGCAGCGCCAGAGUUCGACACACUGAAGGAUAUGCAUAAAGCUGUGGUUGAUGCUGGACUCACCACCAAACAGCUCACAGAUGUGGACCUGAAGAAGACUGUGGAUGAAAGUGCCCGUAUCCUCCGGACUUACAGACACUAUUUUGACCUCAUUAUUGUCAAUGACAACCUUGACCGUGCAUUUGAGAAAUUGCAGUCGGCUGUAGACCAGCUCUGUACUGAACCACAGUGGGUUCCAGUGAGCUGGGUUUACUAAGGGGAACGUUUAGAACUGGGGUGUUCAACUUAAUUCCUGGAGAGUUUAGAUUUAACCCUAAUUAAACAACUGAUCCAACGAAUCAAGGCCUUCGGGCUUAUUUGAAUACUACAUUGUAUGUGUGUUGGAGCAGGGCUGGAACUAAACUCUGCAGCGCUCUGACCCUCGAGGAAUUGAGUUUGACAUCCCUGCUUUAGAAGAUCACUAUGCAAGAGUGUUAGUGUGUGUGUGUGUGUGUGUGUGUGUGUGUGCGUGCUUGUGUGUGUAUGAUUGGUGUGCAAGAGAUUGAUGUGGGGCAGUGAAGUUACUCAUUUGAAUUGACCAACCAAAUGAGCGUUGUCUGUUAGCCCCAGCCUCACUAUUGUGCACACAAUGCAUGGUUUUUUCUACUCAAACUGAAAGGGAAGAAUACUUAUUUAUUUUAGUGUUUGUAUGUUUUUAAAGAAUAUAUUUCUGUUGUAACAUCUUUGGAAUUGGAAGAAAAGAAAAAUGAGGAACACUGAAACUGGCCUUGGUGUUUCAGAGGCCAUAUUUUUUAAUUUAUUAGGCUAUUGUAGUUAUUUUACAUGUGUUUCUCCUUUUUCAUUUUGUAGUUUCUGAACCUAAUGUGACGUUUUGAUUUAUACUCAAAUGAAGGACUAACCUGAGAACAGUGUAGCAGGCCAAGGGCUCCUGUAGAACAUUCUAGAUCCUAAAAUCAUGAACCAUAAAACUGUUUACAUAAACCCAGAUCUCUUAACUGUUUAUUUGCUUUUCUUUAUAUCCAACAGAGAUGCAUUCAAUUCCUUUUAUGCAAAAGUCCAUAUCAAUGUGUGCAGUUUGUUUUAUUUAUAGUGGGGUUUUUUUGUACUAUUUCAUACACUAAUUUUGUCUGUUGUACAACGUUGGGCUGCAUGUUGUGUCUGUGUCUUAUUAUCCUCAGUCCGUUAAAGAACCAAACAAAUAGUUUUUUUCUUCUUGUAACUUCUUUCCUGAAUGUCUUUCAAAUUCUGUAGCACAAUUUCAUGACCUCUCUGCCAGAUUAAUUUGUCACUAUGGCAACAAGUCCGUUAUAAAAAGACAAUAAACACAAAACCAAAUUA